GGGAUUGACCGGACAGCUUGCCUUGGGGAUUCGGUGGCGUGGAGUUGAGGUCGCAUCGGCAAAGUCACAAGAUUUCGUGAACCUGGCCCGUGCAUCCUCUAGCAUCACCUUUCCGGAGCUCGCCGUGGCACCAACAUCAAACACGACUUUUUAGCUGAAGCUGGUCUCUGCAUACAAUAUCUUCACAAUGGCUUCACAAGCGGCUUUGAAGAAGCAGCAAGAGCUUCAAACCACGUACCAAAACUACAAGAGCACGUUACAAACUAUUGCUCAGAAAAUUGGCGAUAUUGAGCAGGAGACAGAGGAGCACAAGCUCGUGCUAGAGACAUUGGAGCCGCUACCGGGCGAUCGGAAGUGCUUCCGCAUGAUCAAUGGGGUGUUGACUGAGAGGACGGUAAAAGAGGUAGUGCCGAUUCUCAAGACGAAUUCAGACGGCCUGAAGAAGACCCUGGAAGAGCUGGUCAAGCAGUACAAGGCUAAGCAGGAUGAGAUGGAGAAGUGGAAGAAGAAGAAUAACGUGCAAGUUGUUCAACAGCCUCAGUAGUGGAACAUGUUCACGAGCGACGGACGCACGCAGCCUCCGACGGUGACGCGAGCUAUGCUCGACGCCACAUGGCAUCCGGCACGGAAUACGUGGGGCCCUCGUGAACGACUGCGGACGGACACUGCAGCUAGAAGGCUCGAGCUCCGGCAUGAUAUCAGGUCUACCAAGGUGGCUCGCUCCACAAAAGCAUUUCAUGCAUACAAGUCAGGCCAAUGGGGCGAUCCCCACCUUUCUUCCAAGUCAUCUCCCUUCCAAGUCAUCACCCACGUCAUCUCGCUCCCGUGGGAAGGGUUGAGAUAUUGUCUUCAUCUUGCACACUAGCUUAAGGCUGCAGGAGGAUGAGUUGUACUUGAGAAUUGGGAUCUUUCGAGAAUGGCGAAGCGUCAUGUCUUGGGCAGGGGUACAUCAGAAAUCAAGCCAUGGGCAUCAUUCCCGC